AUGUCCAAUGUCCAAGAACCAUAUGAUGUGCGGCAAAAAAUUCAAAGUUUAGCUAAAGCAAAGGGUCUGCGUACUUUCUUAAAUACAAAUCCGGUCUGGUACUGCUCAUUUGUCAGUGAUGUCCUAAUGCAUGAUUUGAUGGUGAAAUCAAGCUUACGAGUGCUUUCAUUGGCUGAGUAUAGAGAUAUCAAGAAUUUGCCAGAAGAUAUUGGUAAUUUGAAGCAUCUACGAAAUUUGAAUCUCUCAAGAACUAAAAUUAAAAGGUUGCCAAACUCUUUGUGUACAUUGUAUAAUUUGCAAGCAUUAAAAUUGCGUGGAUGCAGCGACCUUGAUGAGCUGCUGAGAGACAUGGAGAGAUUGAUCAACAUGCUAUAUCUUGAUACCAAGGGAACAAAGUUAGCAAGGAUGCCAGAAGGAAUGGGUAGGUUGAAAGAUUUUCAAAUAGUAACAGAUUUUGUUUUAGGCUGUCAAACUGGAUCAAGAAUUAAUGAGUUGGGAAAACUCAAGCAUUUACGUGGAAGACUUUCCAUUUUAGGACUAAAAAAUGUUGCAAGUGCCAUGGAUGCCAAAGAUGCCAAUUUGAAGGAUAAGAGAGAAAAUUCAUGUGCCUCUUCAUUCUUUCGACUUUCUCUAUAUGGGGCAUGGAAGUUAUUGGGCCGAUCUAGUCGAAGGCUUCCAGCAGGCAUCAAUUACUUCGCCAAAAGGGUGAAAGUCGCUUCAUAUGCCAAUCAUCAAAUCCUAAAAGAAGAAGAAGAUCAUGGAAAGAUGAUUGAGGCUUGUAAAGAUCGGCAUAAGAAGUCAUCAUGUACCCUCUAUGCUCAUCGAAUGUCGGCUAGGACCUUAGCUGGGGCAACACAUUGCUCGUUGGUUUAUAGGAUAGAAUCGGUUUUGAAGAUGAAAUUCAUUUUCUCUGAGUCUCGUCAGAGCUGA